AUGAUGCGAAAUGACAAUGGUUUUGAGCUGGGAACGAGAUCUGAUGGGUCGAAGAUUGGAGAUGUCGUUUUACCCAAAUGGGCAUCUUCUCCCGAAGAAUUUGUUUUGUUACAUCGACAAGCGCUAGAGAGUGAUCUUGUCAGUUGUCAACUGAAUCAAUGGAUUGACCUCAUUUUUGGCUACAAACAAAAGGGUCCAGAGGCGGUUCGAGCCACCAAUGUCUUCUACUACCUCACUUAUGAAGGAGCCGUCUGCCUGAAAUCUAUUGAAAAUGCUGCGCAAUUAGAAGCCGUACAACAGCAAAUUCAAUCGUUUGGACAAACUCCAGUGCAAUUGCUGGCCGAAGCGCAUCCACCAAGACAUUCGGUAAUGACUAUGGUAAGUUUGCGUUGGUUAGGCUUAUCUAGGAGGCGAACAAAGGGAGUUGUACGCAAGUGCAGAAAAGGAAUUCCAUGAAG